UUAGCUAGGUAUUUAUUAAAUAUUUAAUAACUAUUUAGUAACUUUUCUACCUAGUUAAAAUAAAUACAAACUUGCCUGUAAAAUAAAAAUAAACCAUAAGAUAGCUACAAUGUAACUAUUAGUUAUAUUGUAGCUAGCUUAGGGUUUAUUUUAUAGGUAAGUAUUUAGUUUUAAAUAGGAAUAAUUUAGUUAAUGAUAGUAAGUUUUAAUUAGAUUUAUUUAAAUUAUAUAUAAGUUAGGGGGUGUUAGGGUUAGGGUUAGACUUAGGUUUAAAGGGUUAAUACAUUUAGAAAAGUGGCAGCGACGUUGGGGACGACAGAUUAGGGGUUAAUAAAAGUAGGUAGGUGGCGGCGAUGUUGGGGGCAGCAGAUUAGGGGUUAAUAAAUAUAAUGUAGGUUGAGGCGAUGUCCUUAGCGGAAGGUUAGGGGUUAAUAAGUAUAAUGUAGGUGGUGGCGAUGUUAGGGGCGGCAGAUUAGGGGUUAAUAAUAUUUAACUAGUGUUUGCAAGGCGGGAGUGCAGUGGUUUAGGGGUUAAUAUGUUUACUCUAGUGGCGGCGAUGUCUGGAGCGGCAGAUUAUGGGUUGAAAUUUUUAUUUUAGUGUUUGUGAUGUGGGAGGGCCUCGGUUUAGGGGUUAAUAGUUAGUUUAUGGGUGUUAGUGUACUUUUUAGCACUUUAGUUAUGAGUUUUAUGCUACAGCUUUGUAGUGUAAAACUCAUGAUUACUGACUUUAGAAUGCGUUAGGAAUCUUGUCGGUAUAGGCUGUACCAUUCACUUUUUGGCCUCCCAGGAUAAACUCAUAAUACCAGCACUAUGGAAGUCCGAUAGAAAAAAGGGUUUAUGAACUCUACGUAAGUCGGUUUGCGGUAAGGCCAAAAAAGUGUGCGGUACACCUAUACCUGCAAGACUCGUAAUACCAGCGGUAGUGAAAAAGCAGCGUUAGGACCUGUUAACGCUGCUUUUUCAGCUUACCGCAAAAUUCGUAAUCUAGCCGUUUAUUUUUUAAUGUAAUACACUACACUGUAUUUUGGGGUCAUUUGAUCUGAUCUCUGGUUUAUUUUACAAGCUCUAAUUGCUACCACAAGAUAACCAGCCUCUUGUAAUUGCUAAAUAAUUACUGCGUGUCCGCAAAUGGGCAAAUUUGCCAGUUUGCGGGAGUGGGAUAAUUUUGCCCUAAAUAAAUGCUAAAGAGGAUGAAACAUUAAAAGAAAAGAUUAGUCUGAGAAUAACAUGUAGAUGUAUUUUUUUUAAGUUUCAUUAGUUGUUAAAAUUUUAACAAAAGAAGUAUAAAGUUUUAGUGUCUAUAAAACAAUGGGAGCUGCCAUGUUGUAACUUAGGUUACCUUCUCUACAGUGGUCAGUUAGGAACAGUUAUAAAUAGGUCACUAGAGUGUGCAGCCAAUGGCUAUGUGGGAUAUAAAAGUGUUCUGCACUUCCAUUUCUAACAGGAACUGAAAAAGCUCACAAUAUAAGAAUGGAAUUACAGGAAAAGGGGCAACAUAAAUAAUGUUUUUUUAAUAUAUAUACAAUUUAUCAGUAUAUAUUACUUUACUUUAAAGAAAAAGAUCUAUGGGCUCAGUGAUAUUCUGUUAUAAUGAUGUGGAAAAAGGUACUAUGGAAAAAAGUAAUAUUGUUACAGGAACCUGAGGUUUUAAUAAGCUUAAAUUAAAUGAUCUACACAUAUUCUGCCCUGGCCUUUGUAUACAUCAGGCACCUAAUUAACGCGCUGAAGGUCUCUGGAACACCAGCUGUUUAAAUACGCGUGCGACCUGCUGACCAAACUGACAUUUUUGCAAUAAUUUUAACACCAGUGUUAAUUAUGAAAAAAAAUAUGUUCUCUAGGUUACAACAAAGGAACUUACACCCUCAGUAAUGAAAAAUUCCAGCUGUUACAGCCUCUUUAUCCUCUCCAUUCACUCUAAUAUCACUAAUCCCUGUUUUAGUCUAUGGAGGCUAAUCACUAAGGGCCAGAUUAUGAGUGAAAUGCAAAACAUUUGCGAGCAAGCAAUAAGGGGUUUAUUGUGGGUGUUUAUGUUAUUUGGGGAGUUGAAAGUAAACGCGAUCACUUUUUUAUGCUAGAAUGAAUAGCGCAUCCUCAGUGCUGUGGCUAGCUGUCUUGUCAAACAAAAAAGUUGCACAAAACACAUCAAAAAAACAUUACAAAGUACAGUUACACACAUAAUAACACUAUCUAAUAAAUAUACAUUACACAGUACAGUUACACACAUAACACCAUCUAAAAAAUAUACAUUACACAGUACAGUUACACUCAUGACAACACUAUCUAAUAAAUAUAUAUUACACAGUACAGUUACACACAUAUUAAUACUGUCUAAUAAAUAUACCUUACACAGUACAGUUACACACAUAACACUAUCUAAUAAAAAUACCUUACACAGUACAGUUACACACAUAAUAACACCAUCUAAAAAAUAUACAUUACACAGUACAGUUACACACAUAACACCAUCUAAUAAAUAUACAUUACACAGUACAGUUACACACAUAAUAACACUAUCUAAUAAAUAUACCUUACACAGUACAGUUACACAAAUAAUAACACCAUCUAAAAAAUAUACAUUACACAGUACAGUUACACUCAUAACAACACUAUCUAAUAAAUAUAUAUUACACAGUACAGUUACACACAUAUUAAUACUGUCUAAUAAAUAUACAUUACACAGUACAGUUACACACAUAACACUAUCUAAUAAAAAUACCUUACACAGUACAGUUACACACAUAAUAACACCAUCUAAACAAUAUACAUUACACAGUACAGUUACAUACAUAACAACACUAUCUAAUAAAUAUAUAUUACACAGUACAGUUACAUACAUAUUAAUACUGUCUAAUAAAUAUACAUUACACAGUACAGUUACACGCAUAACACCAUCUAAUAAAUAUACAUUACAUAGUACAGUUACACACAUAAUAACACUAUCUAAUAAAUAUACAUUACACAGUACAGCUACACACAUAAUAACACUAUCUAAUAACAAUACAUUACACAGUACAGUUACACACAUAUUCUGAAAGCUCCUAAGAUUAUACCUGUACAAUUAGAGCCAGAUGCAUUCACACAUACUUCACACAUCACUAAUGAGGCACUUGAUGAUUUAAAACAGAGUUUAUGGGCCACUGGAUUUAAUGAUCCAGGUUUCAUUUCAUGCACACCAUAUAAAGCCACUCUCAAACCAAAUGCUAAACCUGUAUGCAUUAAGCAGUACCCUUUGUCAAAAAGAAAAGGAACAGGGAAUAGCUCUUGUAAUUAAGGAUCUAUUAUAUAAGGGAGUUAUUAGACGUACACUGACACCAUACAAUACACCUAUCAAUCCUGUUCCUAAACCUGGAGGUACAGAAUACAGAUUUACACAAGACUUGUGAGCAGUAAAUGCUCUGGUGCAGCCACUUGCACCGAUAGUGCCAGAUGUUAAUGCUAUUUUAACAGCCAUCCCAAGUACUGCAACUUGCUUUACAGCCAUUGAUCUCUGCAGUGCAUUCUUUAGCAUCCCUGUGCAUCCCGACACUCAACCGUUGUUUGGUUUCACGUAUUUAGGGGAUCAAUAUACGUGGAAUUGUUUACCGAUGGGCUUUAUCUAUUCCCCCACCGCAUACUCAGCUAUAGUUCGUAAGACCCUAGAAUCCUGGACACCUCUGGAGGUUCCACCUUGAUACAGUAUGUGGAUGAUUUGCUGUUGUGCAGUGUUGAUGAACAGACUUGUAAAACUGACUCUCUCCAUUUGCUUCAGCACUUAGGAGAUGCAGGACACAAAGUGACUUUGAGAAAAAUGCAAUUUUGUCUUCCACAAGUAACAUACCUGGGUUUUAUUCUUUCAGCAGGCAAGAGACUGUUAUCCCCUGAAAGAGUUAAGGCUCUCAUGGUUCUUCCUCGACCACAAACAAAGACUGCUAUGUUAUCAUUUCUGGUUAUGGUUACUUACUGUAAGCAAUGGAUACCAGACUGUUCAUAUUAUGAUCAUAUUUUACGCUCAGUUACAGGUCAGCAUGAACCAGAACAAAUCCAAUGGACACAGGCUCUUGAUGAGGCCUACAGAACCCUCAAGCAGGCUCUCUGUUCUGCUCCAGCCCUAGGUUUACCGAACUAUAACCUACCAUUUCACCUGUAUUACAAAGAAGGGGGAGGUACAGCAGCAGGGGUCCUUGCUCAGGAACACGGUAAUGGGUACAGAGCGGUAGCUUUUUUUUCCAAAUUGUUGCCAACGGUGGUACAGGGUAUGCCAGCAUGCUUAAGAGCUACAGCAGCAUGCGCUAUGAUGGUGGAGGCGGCACAAACAUUGGUACUGUUACAUUCUUUGAUAGUGCAUACAUCACAUCAAGUCUUGCAAGUGUUAAAUAAUCUCACUACACAACAUAUGACUGCACAGAGAAGGUCAGGCUAUGAAACAAUUCUCACAUCUACUGCAAAUCUCACUAUCAAAUACAUUGCACCCACAGGAGGCCCAGCACCUUUUUUACAUGCAUUGAUUGCUAAUGGUCCUUUGGAACACACUGAUGACCACAAUUGCAUAGACACAGUACACACAGAGACAUCACCGCGUCUUGACUUGCAAACAACCCCACUAGAGGAGGGAGAAUUUGUUUUUGUUGAUGGGUCAUGUUCUAAACCUGCUGAUAGUGUUUAUCUUACAGGCUUUGCCGUGGUACAGUUGCCUAACACAGUGAUUGCUGCUGGUUCUCUGCCUUUUGUGUCAGCUCAGGCAGCUGAACUGGUAGCCCUAGCUCAGGCAUGUAGAGCAUUUGCGAUGAAAGAUGUGACCAUUUACACUGACUCAAGGUAUGCGUUUGGAGUUGUGCAUGAUUUUGGAGUGAUUCAGCAAAACAGAGGUUUUGUUGCAGCUGAUGGUAAGAGUAUCUCACAUUCUACACUAGUACAGGAACUCUUGGAUGCAAUUAAAUUACCACAUAAGCUAGCAAUUGUUAAAUGUAAAGGCCACAGUACUGACUCCACUGACAUUAGAUUUGGCAAUGAUUUUGCAGACACAAUAGCUAGGGAAGCUGCACUUCAAGGUCCACCACACCCUGACUAUCUCAGCACUAAUACACAAGAACAGUUACAUAUGGUAAUGAUUCCUGCACUAGCAUCUGAUGUGGAUGUGGCGCACCUACAGUUUGGCGCAACUGAAACUGAUUUACAGACUUGGAUGUCUGCUGGUCUGACCAAAGGCCAAGAUGGCCUGUGGUCAAACGAGAAGGGGAGAGUGGGGAUACCACAAAUAGCUGCACCUUUGUUUAUUAGUCAUUUUCAUGGUUUUGGCCACAUAAGUAAACAACAGACCAAGAAUCUGAUGAUAUCCAAAUAUGUCAUUAAAAAUUUGUUGCACAUGAUUGAUAGACAACUGGAUAGAUGUCUAACUUGUGCCAGAAAUAAUCCUGGAGGCCUUGUACAUGGUAAACUUGAGCAUUUACCGCCCCCUGAUGGUCCUAUGCAGGUAUUGCAAAUUGAUUUUACACACAUGCCCACUGCUCGAGAUAGAUACAAGUAUCUUUUAGUCAUUGUUGAUCAAUUCAGUAAGUGGGUUGAGGCUUUUCCGACCACUAGAGAAAAUGCACGUACUGUAGCAAAGAUAUUGUGCAAAGAAAUUAUUCCUCGUUUUGGGUGUCCAUUACAGAUAAACAGUGACAAAAGUACUCCUUUUACUUCACAGAUUACGCAAAUGGUUUGUACUAUGUUAUCCAUUGACUGGAAAUUUCAUAUUCCUUAUCACCCACAGUCAUCAGGUUUUGGCAGAAAUCAGAAUGACCCCUAGCGCCACUACGGGUUAUUCACCUUUUGAAAUUUUGAUGGGCAGACCUUUUCCAACCCCAUGAUGUAAACAGAAAGGUUCUCCUGUGGUAAGGGGAGAUAUAAAUGUUGUAAGGGAAGAAUAUGUGACUAAUUUGACUGAAACAUUGAAUGGCAUCUAUGGUGAUGUUUCUUCUACUCUCCCUCAACCCACAGGUACCCCGACACACCCGUUCAAGCCUGGAGAUACUGUCUUGGUGAAACAGCUCCACAAGAAUAAGUCGUUGGAUCCUCCUUUUGGCCUUCCAACUACAGUGAUCGCUGUGACGAGAACCUCACGGAGGAAGCUCCAGUAUGGAUCCACGCAAACCGGAUCAAGAAAGCCCCAGACGACGUCAACCCUGGCCACUCCAUGAUUCCAUCGAGUAUCAAGUAGUGUGGUACCUCCUGACAGGAGUGUUCCUGGUGCCUGUUGGUAUCAUCCUGGACCUGAUCUUCAAUCCUGGUGCGCCCCUGCACAAACUCAAGCCAUUCCCUAGUCCUGGUGCACCCCGGCACAAUGAUAAUAAAAGUGUAAUUGACAAUGUCACUAAUCCUUUAUCCAUCCCUCUCUCUCAUGAUACCAGAGAGUUGCAUAAGUCGGCGUGGGAAACUGACAAUGCUUUUGUUAAAGCUGCCACAAACUUAUACAAAGUGACUAAUCAGACUGCUUCUUGUUGGGUCUGUGGCUAUGUGCCUCAUGGGGGGAAAUGGGGUUAUCCUUUUGAUUAAAUGAUAAACUGCGUACACGUAGAGCUUCUAGUUUUACAGUUAAGACUAGCAAUGCCAAGAUAGCUACUGCAUCCUGGUUUCCUACUGCAUCCUGGUUUCCUACUGCAGCUGUCAUGCGAUUAUAUUAUAAGCGAUUAUAUUAUAAGAAUACACCAUGAUCUUGAUACUUUGCAUGAGAUUCAAUAACAGAUACGUAAACAGCAAACAGGUCUCUUUGAUGGUAUAGAUUGGACCUUUGGUCUGGGUUCCUGGCAAGGAGCCCUUGGUAUGAAAAUUUUAAUGUGUUUUGCAUUUCUUCUUUUUCUUGCUUUCGUUUUCAUAUAUAAGCUUACUGUGUGUCUGAUUAAUAAGCUUACCAGUACUCAUGCUAACCCUCACCAUUCUUUUUUUCACAAUGUCACCGCUCAGCCAUCUCGCUAUAAAGUUCUUUAUAUUCGUUAAGUUGUUUUAGUUGUUAUGUUAUUCUGUUAGAAUAAAAGGAUGGUAUGUUAAGGGUUAAUGUGAACCUGACUAGAGCCAUCUUGUUCUUCGCAUCCAUCUUGUAAUGAUUAAACUUUAUUAUAAUGGGUUAUUCUGUAGUAAGAAAUAUAGGCUUGUUAUUUUACUCUGCUAAGCCAGCUAACCUUGUAGAUGUCCCUGGUACUAUGCCCAGGAGGGUAUAAUCUCAAUAAGAUGGUCAAAAGGCCUUGUUGUUCUCGCAGAUGCAUUUAUUAUUAUGGCUAUAUAAGAUUGUUUAGAGCUAGUAACUUUCCAGAAUAACACUGUGUAUAACUGUGUAAAAUGACGCAGUCAUAACGUGUCACCAAGUUAACUCUAUCUGCUGUUACUGAAGUCUAUAAGACAUGCCUUGUAUCUUUCAAUAAAGGAGAAUAGCUUUAGAUCA